ACUUCGUUCAUUACUUCCAGUGUUCAUCCAUCGUUGACCCGCUUUACUCUGUUUCUUUCUCAUCUCUAAAGUAUUCUCCACACAACCGAUUCUCCAACAUAUCUCUCAAUCAACUGUUCGUUCGAUCUACUUCACCCAGCCCGUGGAAUCUACAAAGCUUCGCCCCCCUCCCCCCAGUCAGUUUCCGAAUCUCUCUAGGCUUCAUCCUCCAUCUAUCCCUAGCAGGCCCUUUGUUUGAUGAAGCGCUGGUUUCUUUGCAAGCUAAUCGUGUUCUCUCUAUCUUCAACUCUAUUCAGCUAAAAUUUCUGAACAGAGUAUUAUGGACAUCUCCACAAACAUGGAUACAGGCUCUGUAGCGUCACGAUGCUCAGUCAGGCUUAUACACGAGGUUGUUUCAACCUUUGGUGCGCAGCAAAAAGAUUUGGUCAGGGAUGUAGGUUUUGACGGCUUGCUUCAUUUUCCCUCGCUCAAGCAGAUCAACCUUCGGUUUUCAGCAUGGCUCAUGUCUCGGGUUGACGAACCGUCCCAGUCCAUACACAUAUGUGACGGAACUGUCAUUCACUUUACCAAGGAAGAUAUUGCAAAGGUUUUUGGUAUUCCUGGUGCUGGUCGAUGUAUAGUCAUUGCAGUUGCAAAGCGAGGUCUCAGUGAUGCAUCGAUUACUGCAGUACCCGGUCAGAUCAACCUUAGUCAUCUCCGUAGUAUAAAGGCUGCACAAGCUGUUCUCGUCCGAGAACGUGAUGCGUUAAUGACUUCUACUGAGCAGGACGAGUUCAAGGCCGCUUUUGUUCUGUUUGUAAUGUCCUCAUUGUUCGCCCCUUGCGGAAAGCAUGACCGUGUCUCUGAUGACUAUAUGCAUGCUAUCGUUGAUCCUUCCAACAUCAGAUCUUAUGAUUGGGCUGAUUUUGUAUUACGCCGACUACUCGCUGCUGUUUCCAAGCUGAAGGCAGAUUUAUCAAGCAAUGUGAAAACCCCAUAUAUUUAUGGAUGUUCUUUGUUCUUACAGGUUUUGUACCUAGACAGUGUUGAUUUAGGUCCCCUCUCCAUGGAUCACACGUCAUUUCCUCGUGUCCGUUGCUUUACAUACGAUCGCUUAAGGGCCAUGAUUGCUGCCGACAGUAGCUAUCCUGGUUCUUGUUUGAAUUCCAUCGGAUCUCCGUGUAUGCCUAAGCUGAGAUCUCCUGAAGGGGUUUGCUAUCAAUGGGCUUCAUCCAACCGUUCUGUUCUUCAAAGCAGUAUUCCAGACAGCAUGUUAGACUUAUGGGAUGUUUCCACCUCGUUGACACGUGUUCUCAAGAUCCCAGAUGAGGCUGCUGGACCCAUUUUUGUUGCGCUGUCUGAUUUCCAAAGCCACUCUAGUUCAGCAGUUUUUGAACACCAAGCCAGUUCGUCUACUGGCAAAGAGGCCGUGAAAAUGAUGUCUCUAUUACUCCGUAUCAUUGAGCCGUAUGCUAACGGAUUUAGCUACCAGCCAUCUACAUUUGUGCAGUGCCCUCAUGCCGGUCUAUGCCGUUCUUGGAAAUCAGAAUCCCCAUGUUCUACAGGAAAGCAUGUGCACAACUCACUGCAGCUAAAGAGGAAGUACACAUGCUCCUAUCCUGAUGCCCCCCCCUCUCAUGUCGUCGCCUUGAGAAUAGUCUUAGUUCCUGCGCAGCAAUGGCUCGUUUUUUUCUACGUUCUAGAUCCGAUAAGGACAUUAGGUGCAAUGAUCUCAAUGCACCCCACACGGCUGAUGAAUCCCCUUCUUAUCCGAUCCCCAAUUUAGGAUCCGUGGCCCGCACCGAAUCUCGUUCUCCAUGGGAACUCGGCUGCCCAUAUCUCAUUGAUCGUUCGAUGGCUGCUGAUAUGUACAAGAGGAUCGUUUCGGUUGAAGAUAUUGAUAAGCCCUGGAUUGUUCAUUAUUGUCCAAAAUAUAUUGAGGUACGGACUUCUGCUGUGAAGUCCCAGUUCCUUGGCAAAUCUGAGUUGGAAAUGGAGCUCUUUGAUGCUGUACUCUGUAGGUUCAAGCAGUUUGAUGACCACUUAUAUGUUAAUGAAGGUCCCUUACGUUGGAGGCAUUAUGUUGAGUGUGAUUUCAUGGUAUCCUUGCUUGCCGGUUCCUUCGACUUGGCUGAUCCUACUGUGUCCUCACUUUUUUACGGACCACAUAUUUCCUAUGAUGUGACCUCAUGCAAGAUUUUGUUCUUCCCUGCCUUACUUCAGCAUCGCUGGGUAUGCUUUGCAUGGCGCAUGUCGGACAACACAAUUGUUGUCUAUGACCCCUUCUAUUCUUCCACUUGUCCAACAUUCACUACUGCCUUCUACCAGCGCAUUGCCAACAUACUCAAAUCGGCAAUGACGAGGGUCUCGCGUGUCAUACUGAGUGGCUGGCCCCUCCCAUGGAACGAGGCCCGUGUAGAAAUUUUCUAUCACGGCCAAAGUCAGUUCAAAUGGCCAAAUCGAUCUGGUGUGCUUUGCCUAAACUUUUGCCGUUGUUUUGAUGGCUCUCAGCUGCGUGGAACCGUUGACAUGUCCCAGGUUCAUGAUAUAUCUGCACUGUUGCUUGCUGAUUUGGCCUCACUUGCCGAUAAUCUUGGAUCAGCCCCUUCAAUAUUUCGUCAGAUCGAAGCUGUACCUCCUUUGGCGCCUCUCCCCUUAUCCAACUAUGUUGAAGGAUAGGCAGUCCUUUUUCGCAGUAUUUAGACUUUGUUUGAGUGUUUACAGCCACUAUACUGAUUUAUUCCUUUUUUUUGGCAAUGCUGCCUGACUUAAUAUUUCUGAUGUAUUAUAGGUAUUUUAUCUUAAGCUCCUUUAGUUGGACUAUGGUAUAACAUGUAUAAAUGUACCUAGUAUUUGCAA